AUUUAUUUAUUUAUUUAUUGUAAUACAAAACAGCAUUGUGUACACUGAUAUAAUUUUGCUGAACAUGUAUGCGUACUAAAAGGAAGAUUUCGUAUCUGUACUAAAGUUAUAUUUUUUUGCAAUCAUUUUAAAGAAAGACUCACUUUAUACUCCAGGUCGGUAGAUGGCGAUAUUGCACGGAUAUUAAACGGAACCGCACCGCGUCAAAACACGCCGAAGAAGAAGAAAACCACGGAACAACAACAGCAACCGAAGAAGAAGAAAAAGAGGAAGAGGAAGAGGACGACGUACAAAAAAUGGAGACGAUAGACAUCGCUUUAACUAUACAGUAGCAAGAAUAGCAAUUAUCUAGCUGGCUAAUCUGCCUAGUAUCUUAGCAUUAACUAAAUUAAUUAUCGAGGUUGAUAUUUAACACUUUAAUCCCACAAGCAGGCGCUCUUAUUCGUACAUUUUGUGGGAGUCAUGGAUAAGACACUGAGCAGUAGUGCGCCGGUCGUCCAGGUGUGUUUCCCCAAUGUGCGAGCACAGGUGCUGGACAACCUGAACCGUCAGCGAGAGGAAGGACGACUGUGUGAUCUGUCCAUCCAGGUUCAAGGACAGGUGUUCAGGGCACAUCGCUGCGUACUGGCGGCUUCCUCGCCCUACUUUCACGACCAGGUGCUGCUGAAGAACGUGAGCACGGUGUCUCUGCCGUCCGUCAUGGACCCUCUGGCCUUCGAGAGCGUCCUCAACUCGGCCUACACGGGCCAGCUGAGCAUCGUGCGUGAUGACAUCGUCAACUACGUCACAGUGGCCAGCUUUCUGCAGAUGUGGCACAUUGUGGACAAGUGCACGGAUAUCCUCAAGAGGUCGCGACCUUUGACCCAGGCCAGCCCAGGCGUAGAGCCUGGCAACUCCAGGCACCAAAGUCCCAGCAGCUCAGACUGCCUGACUGAAUCUGAGGAGCAGAAGAAGUCCCUCGGAGGAGAAUGCGCUGCUCUUCCGCCUCUGGCCACCUGGAGGAGGCCGCAGCAGGUGCCACAGCAGGGUAAAUGGGGCAAAUCCAGGCUGUUUCUGCCACCCCAGCACAGAGCCAAUUCUCCCCCGGCUGGAGAAGUAGAGCGGGCAUGUAGCCCAGAGGCUACGAAUGAGAGACGCAACUGGAUGCGCUCUCGCCUCCGGGAGAACAGGGAGGUAGACGAGGAGGAGAGGAGGCGAGGGGAGAGGUGGAUGGAGGCAGAUGAAGGUGUAGGGGAGGAGUCAGAGGAGGAGGAGCGACGGGCCGGAGGCUGUGGCUCAGGGGCAACUCUUAAAAAGGAGGGGGAGAAUGGGGGAGAGGGAGAGGGUGCAGAGAGGGACAAAGAUCAGGAGGAAGGGUUUCUGCCAGCAGCUCAGGACGCACAGGAAGUGCUCGUCGCUGAUCACUGUCCUCUUUCUGCUCGCGCUCAGUGGCAGCCGGCAGCUGAUUGGUCGGCGGGUCCGUGCGCUCAGCCAGGCGGGAAGUUAAUCGAGGAUGCCGAGAAGGACGUAGAAGAAGUGGACUUCGGACGUUUCGCAGAGGGAGGAUUCGAGGGAGAGACGUACGAUGAGAUUGAGGAUGGCACAGGACAGGUUUCCCAGAGGCCUUUGCUUCCUGUGUCACCCGGCAAUGCUGGGGGUGGAGUGGACUUUGUGUUAGGGCCUUCAGAGCUUCCCUGGACGUCAGGUGCUCUCUCAUCCCUCUCCGUCCCUCCUUCCUCCUCUCCUGUGCCCUCCUCCUCGUCUCCGCCGUCCCUCACGCCCUACGCAGGCAAAGUGCACUUCUGCCACUGCGGUAAAGCCUUCACGCUGAAGAGCAUGCGAGACCGUCACGUCAAGAUGCAGCACCUGAACUUGCGGCCCUUCAUCUGUCCCGUCUGUGCCAAGAGUUUCAAGAUGAAGCACCACCUGACCAAGCACGUGAAGACGCACGGCGCCCUGCGGCCUUAUGAGUGCAACGUCUGUGGCAAGAAGAUCAUCUGGAGGGACAGUUUCCUCAAACACCAGGUGCGCUGCCAGCACCUCGCCAACAGACCGGCCUGCACCGACACCAACGAGGCAGAGUCGGGGCAGGACGAGGCAGAGAUGGAGUAUGAGGGUUACCCAGGUGAGGGACAGGUAAAGAUGGAGCAUGAGGGAGCGCCGUUGGAGCACGUUCUGAAGGAGGAAGAUGGAGGCAGCUACACUUGAUAAGCAGAUCAUAUCAAUCAAGUUUUAUAAUCCUGUAGAUGUGAAGAAACAUCUUCAUGCCUUGAUCCACCACAGCAAGACAACAUCAGCUGCUCAUCUUCAAAUCUGCAUCAUUGUUUGGUUGAUUUUUAUCUUGACUGGAGAAGAUACAGUUCCUUAAGGAACCCAUAGAUUCUGUGGUACUGCAUGGUGAUUACUCGCACUUGGUAUCAGUAUUAUAAUUAAACGCUGGUUCAGUGAUGUAGCUCACAGGUGUCAGUACCACAACCUUGAAUUAUAGAUAAAUGUUUCUUUAUUUUGCAUCUUUAUCAAUCACUUCCAUUGAGGUCCAGUACCAGAUAACCAAAACGGAUUUUAUUUUAUAACUGGAGACAUAAACUUAAUUUAUUCUGCAGUUUAGGCUUUUCAAUUCACACCGAGUGCAACAUGCGUCAUCAGGGUUCUUAAGCAAAUCUGAAAAAGCUCGGGAAUUUAGAUUGAAGUAUUGCCAGACCUGAAAAAGUGUGAACAAUGUUCAGGAAAAAAGUAUCCAUUAUUCUGAGAUGUUUCCUGAUUUGCUGCGGUUUUGUUUUUCACAUUUCACAUGAAUUACUUUUUAAAAUGUUGGCUACCUAGGUUUUUUUUUUUUUUUUUCUCGUGUUAUUUUUUUUCUUUCCAUCAUGUGGAGUGUCAUUUCUGUGCUUUCUCACCAUGAGUGAGUUAACAUAGCAUGAAAAUGAUCAGGUAUUAGACCAUCUGGUUAAUGUACGUACAUGUGUUCCCACUGUAAACGAUUAAAUCAAAUUGAUUCGCCUGACAAAAUAAGCUCGAUAUGGGUGUGUCCACAGCGAAGGCAGGAAAACGUUCUUCUUUCAGUUGCCCAGUAACAGUAAAGUAGAAAAUCUACAUAAAUUACUGUUGUAAAAUGUCAAAAUGUAGAAUAAUUGCUCAAGUUUUGAGAUUCAUUAAAGCUCAAUAAUGAACUCCAUGUUAGGGUUUUUAAGUAAGCCGCUUGAAAAUAUUACUGUGUCUACGUAAGCAGACCUGCCGUCCUUUUACGCGUUUCAAAUAGCAACUCCACAUUUUAACAGCAGUGUAUGCUAGUACGAGUUAUCGCUCAAAAAACACGCCGAAAGAACUGUCUUCUUUUCUUUUUUUUUUGCCUAUAAAACAGCAGAUGAUCAACAUAUGAAUCAGGAAGGUGUUUUGAACUCUCCGAUAGUGACACAGUGUAAGCCCCGCCCCUUCCCCUCCCCACCCCGGUCACACAUUAGUAAUGUUUCAGUCAGUGCUCAUCUGCACGUCACAGAAAGUUUUCAUAAUGUGACAAAAUCUAUCAAUAUAUUGCUGACUUAGCGAACAUUAGGCAAGUGUAUAUUGUGUAUAUUUAACAUCAGUUAAUUAUAUUUAUUAGGGCUGCCACCGACAACUUUUGCCACAGUAAGACGACCCCCACCCCUGGUGAGACCAUGCGUUAUUCCUUUUGGCACGUCUGUAUAAGCUUUGUUAAAUGACUUUGUGAUACCUAACACAACACACGCUCUUUACUACUUCUUAUUAUGACUGGAUUUUAACAAUUUUCACCUCUAGCCUGUAAUAAGCAGAUUUCAGGAUUGUGAGUCCAGGUGUCACCGAUCCCAACUGGACAACUCUUGAACCUUUGAAACCUCGAGACAUUUUUAAGAGUCUGCAUCAUUGACGGUCUCAUUUUGUGAAAGCAGCUGCUUAGACACCAAUGAUUUUAGUAGCUCGCAAAUGUCAUAAUGUUAGCUGGAAAACAGAGUAGAGUUGUAGUGAUGCAAAGUGAGUAAAGAUGGCCAGUUUGGGAUGUGACUUAGAUGAGGAAACCAAGAGGAACGACAUACUGUACUUUAUGCUGAGGAGUAUCACUAUAUAACUGUUUAACUGAUGGGUUCUUCACAGUGCAACUCUGAGAAGAGAAUUAUUUUCACGGUACUUUUAAAGUGUUGACUUUUUAUGUUUUGCAGCGCUGGACAGGAUUUGAGAUUUUUCAUGAAGACCUACGACCUGAAGAAAAUCGGAACCAUUCGGUGUAAAAGAAUUAAGUGUGUUAACUUUUAAUAUCUUCAUAUGAGGGUCAAGACCCUGUCUGUGUGUUAGAGUCUGUGUUUAGUUGAUGUAAAAUGUGUCUCCGAACCUCAGCACAUGAACUAUUACUUAAUUAUACACACGUUCUCAUGUUGAAGGUCCAGCAUCUGUAUGAUACAAAGUGUAAAUAAAGACGUAUGCGACAGACACCAGAUCUGACCUGAUGUCACAGGUUCAGUCAGCAGUUUCCUACUUUACCUUCCCAAUCCAGAUAUAGUUCUGAAAUUUCACCUUGUUCGUCAUGUGUUACACUUUAGCACCGUUUCGAGAUUUUACAGUCGUAUCCAGUGCACUGCAACCUGUCAGUGUCUAAAGGUGCGAAGACAGGAGGAAACGAGGAUAAGAGUAUUUGACACAAAAUCAGACUAUGAUAACAUGACGUUAUUUAUUAAUGACUUGUUGCCGGAUCACCUGUCACUGAGCAUAACGAGUUUGUCUGUACACAUGAAUGCUUGAUUGCACACAGAAUAAACAUCAACAUUUUUAUCCAA